AUGUCACGACAGCAAGAUAACGAAUCUUCGAUACCUCAUGCUCCUUAUCCGCCUCAAUUUGAAAGCUCGAUAAAGUCUGCCUCAAUAGCUAGUCCAAAUUACAAAUCCAGAAGUGCAUAUCCAGGCAUAGAAAGAUCAGCAGCAGCUGGUGGAUAUGAGAAUGCUUCAAGGGCUGGCGACGAUCUUUCUCCCGCUGGAACUUCUGCAGCUGAAAAGGGAAAAGCGGAUCGCCAUAUUCCAGCCCGAAUUAAAUUCUACCAUAAACCCGCAGAUGUUGUUGCGUGCAUCAACUGCAAGCCGUCAAAGCAUAAUGGUGCCAAAAGAACUGUGUCCAUUGAAAAGACAAAGUCGCGGAAGGCACCACUGUUGCUGGAGCUACGGCAGCUCCAACCUAUGGAAGACUAUACAGAUGAUGCAGCUACAUUGUUUGGUACUAGAUUAUGUGGUACUUCCAGAGGCAAUCCUUCUCUUGGAUCAAAUGUCGUAUCCACCUGUUUGGAUCUUCCACUUAGUAUCAAUCAUAGUCAGUCGCGAUUCACAGCUGCCACCGGUUCAUCAACUGGAAUGCUGUGCAUUCAUUCGAUCUUUGCAGAUUCGGAUAUGACUUCCUCUAUUGAGUACUUUCAUAUUCCCAGACGACAGGCUACGGCAACAUCCGUGGCAUGGUCACCAACUCAGUCAAAUGCAGUUGCGAUUGGGUUGCUGGGGAACUCCCCUUCUUUGUCUCAAGUGCAACCGCAUCGCCGUGGCGCUGGUGCAACGCGGACAUCUGGAGGAGACCGUGAUUGGGGUUGCAUCAUUUGGGAUGUUGAGAAGCAACAGUCUACUGCAAGAAGCCGCAACCCUUCACCACUGUCCAAACUUUCUCACAAUUCUCCAGUGACAGCAUUGGCGUGGCUGGUUGAUGGACAAAAACUUGCAGUUGGUGCAGGAACCAGAGGGUUGAGCGGGCAGUCGACGAUUCAACUGUUCGAUAUGCGAGUCUCAGGUACCAAUGCCCCUCCCAUUUCUGCACCUGCUCAUGACUCUGGCGUUCAUGGUAUCGAAAUUGAUUCUCUUCGACCAAACGUAUUGGCAUCCUUUUCCCAAGCUGCUGGAGAGCCAGUAAAACUAUGGGAUAUUCGAAGAAUGGAUUCGGUACUGGGAGAAAUUAAAGUUGUUCCAAAUGGCGCAUCUGCAACUCCAGCCGACGAUGUCGUCGAAGCGGUCAAGUGGGCAAUUCACGAGCCAGGCAUUUUGACUGUUGCGAGUGGUGGGACUCUGCAUGAUUUUGAUACAAAGGUCGGAUCUCGACCAACGCUAGUUGCAGUGAAACACACGCGUAAGGGUUCGAGGAUAAGAGACUUUGCUCUCUAUCCCAAUCGCCAAGGUGACGGUUCCAACGAAGCGCAUAAUCCUCUUGUCGAUAAGUUGUAUAAUCGUCGCGCUCUAACAGUUCUGGAAGAGAGAGAGGUAUUUGACAUGGCAAAACACACAAACGCUCCAGUAUCUAUUUCUCAUCGUGAUGGUUCCGUGGUUCAUUCUCUGGGGGCGAGUUUAUUUGUUGAAGCUCCGACAUCUGGCGAGUCCGCCAUUCAGGACUUUGUAACUGACAUUUCAGAGAUAAUGAGACGACGGGCAAACGGCAAAGAAGGGCGUCGUUACUGCAUGAACACUCAGACAAACACUUCUAUUUUAACUGCGGAACUGGGAUUCAUUGAGCCAAGCAGCGAUACUUUCUCGCAGUCACUUUCCCUAUUGUGGUUUUGGACAUGGAUUGAUCGAGUCGAGAGAAUUUGUGAUAAGGCUGAAGGGGAGGGCUUCGGGUGGACUGCUAAGAACCUGUGUGAUGCAGGUUGUUGGUCUUUGCUAGGGUUCGAUACUGAAUCAGCAUACCUUCUUGACCAGCAAUCGGUUUCCGAAACGUUCGGGUGUAAGAUUUACGAUAGCACAAGCCGAAGACAUGCAUUGGCCUCUUGCGGGUGGGCAGGAAUGCUUGAACUUGAUGAUGUACUUAAAGAUUAUGAAAGUAUUGGUGAGUUCGAGAGAUCUGCUGCCUUGGCAGUGUGGCAUGGCGACAUUGGAGCAGCUGUGCAAGCCCUUCAUCACGCUUCGAAUACUAUUCGACUCAGUAUGCAACAAGGCGAGUCAGAAGAGUCAACCUAUGCAGAGACAUUAGACUUGAUAUCUAUGUGUAUCGCUGGAUUUGGGAGCAGUUCGGGGUCCGUUUGGCAGACGGCUUGCUCAACUCUUCUUCGGCGCCCUGAUUUAAAGGACGAAUCGAAGGACAAGGGCGGUAGGGUAGCGUACCUCCGAGCGCUUUGUGAAUUUCUUCUAAAAGUGGGGACGCAAGAAAGCAUAGAAGAGGUUUUGUGGAAUGUUCAGCUCAGCUUGAGUGAUCGCAUUGCCUUUGCUUGCCGUUAUUUGGGUCAAAAGGAACUUCGGUCAUAUCUGUCAAUGAGUAUUAAGUCUUGUCAAGCAAGUGGAAACAUUGAAGGUCUUGUGGCAAGUGGACUGUCCAAAGAAGGCAUCAAGAUUUUGCAAUGCUUUGUCGACAAUCAAGUCGACAUACAAACAGCUGCUCUUGUCGUCAGCCGAGCAAUCUUGCCCCCGAGCUGGACGCAGGAACGAAAGGCAUGCAUGGAGUGGGUAGAAUCAUAUAGGGCGUUGCUGAAUGGCUGGCAAAUGUGGACGAGCCGCGCCAUGUAUGAUGUAGAUCGUGCAGCACUUUUGCGGCGCAUAAAAGCAAAGAACACAGAGGCUGUGUCAGUGAGUGGUGUGAAGCCCGUACCGCUCCAGAAUCGCCGGGCACAGGGUGCCAACAGACGGCAGGGCUCUCGCUCGGUAGACCCUGAGUUUCUACAAUCCAUUCCUCCACAGAUCGAUGCUCGAUGCAACUACUGCUCGACCCCUCUUCCCCUGACAAAGGGUGUCGCAAGUCAGUUCUUAUCCCGAAUGAAACCGCAACUUUCGUGUUGCGUUCAUUGCCGCAAACCGCUCCCACGCUGCUCCGUAUGCCUCCUACCACUUGGAUGCUUAAAUCCCUACAUAGAAUUCACGAAGGAUCGAUCUCGGACUGGCCCGCGUGGAACGUCAUCUUUGGCGUCUUCAGAUGACCUAUCUUCACUAGCGAAUCUCCCUUUUGCAGAAUGGUUUACAUGGUGCGUCAAAUGCAAACAUGGAGGGCAUGCGCAUCACCUAGUCGGUUGGUUUUCCGAUCAUGAGACAUGCCCUGUCAGUGGGUGCGACUGUCGCUGCCACUUUGACAGCAUCAAGAAGGUCUCCCAAUCUGUAGACGCAGCCUUGGCGAGUGAGCUCAUCCGGAGCUAA